AUGGCUCUCGAGGGAAAGAUCAUCGCUAUUACAGGUGGAGCAAGUGGCAUUGGACUCGCAACAGCGAAACUAGUCGCCAGCCGCGGAGCCACCAUUUGCCUCGCAGACAUUAGUCCCGAUAAUCUCGAAGCAGCAUCCUAUCACUUCACUACCCUCAAAACCCCUUUCACCAUAUGCAAGCUCGAUGUCACCCAGCGAGCCGACGUGAACUCCUGGAUCGCCGGCAUCAUCGACAAGUUCGGAAGACUGGACGGUGCGGUCAACUGCGCUGGUGUUAUAGGCAAAGCGCACGGUAUCACUCCUCUAACGGACUUGGAAGAUGAGGAGUGGGAUCGUAUCGUUGCUGUUAACUUGACGGGGAUGAUGUGUUCGCUGAGAGCGGAGUUAAGAGCGAUUGUUGAUGGAGGGUCUAUUGUGAAUAUCUCUUCCAUUCAAGGAGUUAUGGGUAACUUGCUCCCAAACUCAUCUCCUGAGAGAAACUAUAUGCUAAGAUGUCAAUCUUCAGGAUUCCCCGGAUCGGCAGCCUACUCAGCUACCAAGCACGGUGUAAUAGGACUGACACGCUGCGCCGCGAAAGAGGUCGGUGCUAGAGGCGUAAGAGUAAAUGCAAUUGCUCCAGGUAGUAUCGUUACCCCUCUUUUGAUACAAGCACAAGACGCGAAUCCAAAUGAAGGAAAGAAUAACCCCUCCGUUCUGAAGCGGGAGGGUACCGCUGAGGAGAUGGCGAGUAUCAUCGCUUUUUUGUUAUCACAUGAGGCAGCCUAUGUUACUGGAAGUGUUUACGGGGCUGACGGCGGGUGGAACUGUUGA